GCAAGCAUGCAAUGAUUUGAUGGCAUAUUCGUUGAUAUUGUCAUGCUGUUGCUAUACUUGCAAUGUCAGAAGAAAGCUUCGCAAGAUGUUUAACAUUACGGGAGGCUCCAUUGAUGAUUUCCUUUCGCAUUUGAUGUGUUGUUGCUGUGCCCUUGUCCAAGAAUGGAGAGAGGUGGAGAUCCGUGGGGCUUAUGGUCUUGAGAAGACAAAGACAAGCCGUCCACCCUUGCAAUACAUGGAAUCUUAAGUGAUAGAAUGGAAGUCUUGAUAGUAUGAAACUUAUAUGAACCUUGGCAGCAGUAUAUAAGGUCGAUACUUUUAACCCAUAUAUGCAUUGUAGCUGUCUAUAUCUUCUAAAUUCAGCACAGGGUGUAUCAUAGACAGUUUUUUAGUGUUGUCUCA